AUGUGGCCCCAACCCUACCUCCCUCCCCACCCCAUGAUGUUAGAAGAAACUUGACAGAAAAAAUUGGCAGCAGCCAAGAAAAAGCUAAAAGAAUAUCAGCAGAGGAACAGCCCUGCUGUUCCAGCAGGAGCGAAGACAAAAAAGAAAAAAACUGGCAGUAGCCCUGAGACAACCACUUCUAGUGGUUGCCACUCACCUGGGGAUAGCCAGUACCAAGAACUAGCAGUAGCCCUGCAGUCAAGCUCCAUGACAAUCAAUCAACUCAAUGAAAACAUAGAAUCAUUGAAACAGCAGAAGAAAGAAGUGGAACAUCAGCUGGAAGAAGCAAAGAAAGCAAACAAUGAAAUACACAAAGCACAAACGGAGCAGUUAGAGGCAAUCAACAUCCUCACAUUGGAAAAGGAAGACUUGAAGACCGCCCCUUACCAUACUAAACGUGCUGCCCGACACUUCGAAGAAGAGUCCAAGGAUCUGGCUGGCCGCCUGCAAUACUCCUUACAGCGUAUUCAAGAAUUAGAGCGGGCUCUCUGUGCUGUGUCUACACAGCAGCAGGAAGAGGACAGGUCCUCGAGCUGCAGUGAAGCGAUCCUCCAGCGGCGGUUACAGCAGACCAUAAAGGAGCGGGCGCUGCUGAAUGCCCAUGUAACACAGAUGACAGAGUCACUUAAACAAGUCCAUCUACAAAGAGAGGAGUAUGCUCAUUGUAUAAAAGCAGAGAGGGCCCGGUGGCAGGAGAGGAUGAGGAAAAUGUCAGUGGAGACUCUCCUAUUGAAGGAGGAGAAGAAGCGUGACAUACAUCGGAUACAGGAGCUGGAGAGGAGCUUGUCGGAAUUCCAAAACCGGAUGGCUGAGCCCCCAUCCCUGGCGCCCCCAGCAGUGACCUCUGUGGUGGAGCAGCUACAGGAUGAGGCCAAACACCUGAGGAAGGAGGUGGAGGGUCUGGAGGGAAAGCUCCAAUCCCAGGUGGAAAACAAUCAGGCCUUGAGUCUCCUGAGCAAGGAACAAAAGCAGAGGCUCCAGGAGCAGGAGCAGAGGCUCCGAGAGCAGGAGGAGCAGAGGGCGCGGGAGCAGGAGAGACUGUGUCAACAAAAGGAAAUGCUACGGGAGCAGGGCGAGAGGCUGCGAAAGCAGGAGCAGAGGCUGCGAAAGGAGGAGGAGAGGCUGCGAAAGGAGGAGGGGAGGCUGCGAAAGGAGGAGGGGAGGCUGUGAAAGGAGGAGGAGAGACUCGCGCUCUCCCAGAACCGCAAGCUCGACAAGCAGCUGGCCGAGCCACAGCGCGGCUUCGAGGAUCUGAACAACAAGAACAAGAGCGCAGUGCAUUCGGAGCAGGGAGUAAAGGAACUGCAGGAGAAGCUAGACAAGGAGCACCUAGAAGCUGCCAGCCAGUGGAACCAACAGCUGGAGACCCAGUUGAGCCUCAAGGCUCUCCCUGGAGAAGGAGAGUCCUUCACCGUAUAUGAAAGCCAGGGGGCAGUGCCAAACACGCGGCACCAGGAGAUGGAGGAUGUCAUCAGGCUGGCCCGGAACAAGGAGGAGAUCAAGGUGAAGCUGCUGGAGCUGCAAGAGCUGGUGUUGCCCCUUGUGGGCAACCACAAAGGUCAUGGCAAAUUCCUCACCGCUGCCCAGAACCCUGCUGAUGAGCCCGCUCCAGGGGCCCCAGCCCCCGAGGAACUUGGGGCUGCCGGUGAGCAGGAUGAUUUUUAUGAGGUGAGCCUGGACAACAGCAUGGAGGCUGCACCAGGAGCGGCCAGGGAGGGUUCUCCCUAUGACAACCCCACUGCACAGCAGAUCGUGCAGCUGCUUCCUGUAAUGCAGGGUACCCAGGAGCACCCAGGCUUGCCUAGCAAACCCUGCAUGCCAUUCUUUUACCGGGCAGCCAAGAACAGGGAGAUAAAUAUCAUCAACAUCUAAGAGCUGGUCAAGAAAUUUAAAACAACAACAAAAAGUGAUGGGGUUAAUCUCCUACACAAUUCUUUUACUCCAUUUGAAUGUUAGAGCCACUCACAUUUAUUUGUGUUUCUAAUUUACCAUUUACAUUUAUUUGUAAAAAGUUAAGGGAGAGUUGGUCUUUCCCUGAUGUUCACUCUGGCAUCCUUUAGCAUUUUUGUUUUUAAUUUGAUAAUUGUAGGUCAUUAGCACGCAUAUCGAGUUUGCCUUUAGGUGGUGAGAAUUCAAACACAUGAAGACCCACUAUUUGCACAAAACUAUUCUUACUGGUUUGGAACAGGCUGCCAUGCUUUUUUAAUGUUAUUGCAGCAUGUAUGUUCAUUACAGAAUUCAGAUAAAAUUUGCUUAUAUUCUGCUAUUAUGUUUGAUUGAAUCCUAACCACAGUGAGCUCUUCAUUAGCUGAAUAUGUGGUUUGCCCUCAAGUGUGCGUCGUUUAUUACUUUGUAAUAUGCCACUGUGAGUACUGACCUUUAGAGUUGUUUAAAGGCUGAGAACUGGAAACAGCCUUUCUCCUAUUUUCUGUGUAUUGGGGAUGGGAAUAAUAACAUUUUGGGGAGCUUUUUAAGUCUCACGGAACAGGAAAGUGGCCUGCUCUGGCAGGUGUGUGCAGGAUAGAGUGUUUCAUUUGUUCUGGUGCCAAGAAUGAGUGCUGUACUAUGGUAGUUCCCUUAGGAUUUGUAUGUGCUCUGGGCUCUUGAAGAUAUUGCAUCAUGAGCUGCAGCAGUUGUACCCUUUCUUGAUGACCUAAAAAGGGAUUAUUUCUGAGGAAUGAAAGGCUCCCAUCAUUGACUAUGGAUGUGGAAAACCUUUUCUAGCUUAGAGCAUUUAUAUCUACAAUACAUUUUAAAGUCAGAGUUCAUGUUACCUGUUUUAGUCACAUGAAUAGAUGUCCCAGUCCACAAAAGGGCACUGGUUGGCAUUCUUCUUAAUGUAUUUAGUAAAGAUUGUAAGAAAUCCUUUAAGAGCUUAAAUGUCCCUGGAAGAGGCAUACAGGCUCUAGUCAAGAAUGAAUUCGAGUGAAGGAAAGCUGUGUGACACUUGGCUUUCCUCUAUGUUCAUGGAGCUUCUCUGAGGCUAGAAGAUUGGUUUUUACCAUCUAGACCUCUCUGGCUAAUUCCUAUUCGUCAGCCACAUUGGUUACUCUGACAUAGGAAUUUACUUCUUUUCUUUGAAUGGAAAACACUUUAAAAAUAAUAACAACCAUUAUUAUAAACCAAUAUAUGUGAGAGUACUUAGUUGAAACAAAAAGGAGUUUUAGUAGACAGUAUUACAUUACAUGUGAAAAUCAAGGCAAAGUUUAUGCAACUUAAAAUGUUUACAAGCCGCAAUGCAAUCUACUGUUUGUGAAUGUCAAAGUAUUAUGAGGAAAAGUGUCUAUACAAUCACAGAGUUAUGUUUCCUCACAAAGUUCUUCACAAAGAGUGAAAUAUGUUUUUAUACCUCUUGAUUUCAGUUAGAGGCAUAUUUUGUGCCAUAUUUAUGUUAAUGUGCCUAUACAUGAUGAAUGAAUUAUUUCAGUCAUACGUUGCCUAAAUCAUAACUUUAAGAUGCUUGGGAAAGAAUCAACAGCUAAAACCUCAUGAAGUUCUAAUGUCUGUGUUCCAAUAUACGUCACAUUAUUAGGAUGCAGGGAGAGAUGUAUGUGCGCUCCCUGGGGUGGGCAUUUCUAGUUACUAGACCAUCUCCAUUUUUAGCAUUUGGCAUCCUCGUGAUGCUUUUAUAAAUAUGACAUUAAUAGGAGAGCAAUAAUACAAUUUUACAGAUGGAAUAACAGAUGUGCCUGCAUUCACUGAAAGAGUGCAAAUAUUAAGUCCUUGUGACUUCAACUGACUCUUCCAAAUUGUAUGAAUUUAUCAAUGUAUUAGAUAAACUCAGCUUCAGAAUUAUAAAGAAAAAACGUUAGACCAACUAAUGUGGCUAAUUAACAGUAGUGCGAUUUCUAGC